CUAUGAGGCACUGCAUGCGAGACAUCUUGACCAAGCAAGUCCUUGGCUGGUGGCCCGCAACGCUAAAUCCGCCCAACUGGACCCCUUGAAGGCUUCGCUUGCUCAUUGUGGCUGGUUUCAGCACCCUCCGCGGAGGCCGGGUAUCGCACGAAUCAGCACUUUCGGAGGUGCGGUGACAGCUGCCAAGGGCGAUAACAAUUGUUGUAACGAUCAGCGUCCAGCAAUCCCAUGCUUUCCAGGAGGGCAAACGUCAAAGAGCACCCUGGCCGCGGAGGUCGACAAGUCUCACUGCAGACCGGACUGGAUUCCGCUGUCUGUAGACUGGCGUUUGGCGACGUGCUCAAAGUCUCCGAGCAGUUGAUGACACGUGCGAUGGCUUCAAGAAAGCGACAUGCUUGUGUUCCAGAGCACGGCAGCAUUUUCGCUAUUCUCCCGGGGGGCUUUGACUUCGGCCUAUUUUUACGUGGUCGAUGGUGAAGAAACUUGUAAAGCCACUGUUAUCGUGCCAGUUGGUAUCUCGAAGCCCAACGGAUUAAUGUAUGCCAUGCCCUACCGUCCGUUCCCGUCGUCGAACGUCUUUUCAGAAGAUCAUCGUCGCGGAAGUUGCGGACAGCUAUACCCACCAGCGGGCAGCGGGCAAAACUGCCAAAUUGACGUUCGCUAAGACAGCCGGAUUGGGUAGUGAAGUCUGUCAGACGCUGGUAAGAGCG